UGUAUCAUUGCGUUGUGAAAAGUUGAACAUCUCAGUUUUGAGAACGCCUUGGUCGGGUUACAUUCGGUUUGCGUAGUGAGUAGGAUUACGCUAGUGUUUCAAAAUAAUUGAAAAUUUUCAGUGAUAUUUAAUUUAAAUAAAUCAUCAUGAGCUGGCAGGAUUAUGUAGACAAACAACUUCUUGCUUCUCGCUGUGUAACCAAAGCGGCCAUUGCCGGACACGAUGGCAAUGUGUGGGCAAAAUCAGAAGGCUUUGAGGUGACGAAAGACGAGCUCUCAAAACUGGUCGCCGGCUUCGAUAACCAAGAUCUAUUGACGUCUGGCGGCGUCACGCUGGCCGGCCAGAGGUUCAUCUACCUGUCAGGUACCGAUCGCGUAGUCCGUGCUAAGUUCGGCAAGAUUGGAGUCCACUGUAUGAAGACGACGCAAGCCGUGGUAGUUUCGCUGUAUGAGGAACCUAUUCAGCCUCAACAAGCUGCUUCUGUCGUGGAGAAACUUGGUGACUACCUCAUAACUUGCGGCUACUAAAUGUGAAACACUGGAGUGGCCCCUUAUUAAUUUUUAAGAAAACUAUAAUAAUUAUAAUUACGAUUAAUGAAUAAAUUUAAACAAUGAAGACCGGCCAGCAAAAAGGGACAGAAUUUUUUUCUCAUGCCUCCUGCAAUGCAGUAAAAUAUUUUGUGCCAUUUUUGUGCCUUUGUUCCCGGUGACCUUUUUUUCCUCAGAAGGGACACCUGGAGUGUACUGGCAAAAUCGAGGACAUUAGUUUAAACAUUUGUAUUAUAAAACCGUGCGGACGGCAAAAUGAAUAAAAAAUCUUACUACGAUUAAAUUUGUAUUAAUUUCGAUGUGAGGUUAUCGUACUUGUGGAUUUAAAUAUACUUUCUCCUUUAAUAAAACUCGUGCUUUUGCAAUUUAUGAUUUGUCUAUUAUUAGCUAUUGUAUGUAAUAAAUACUGAUAUGAAUAUUUGAUACCACUACAA